AUGGGUGUUAAGAAGAGAAAAUCCAAUUCCGACAGCUGUUCCAUAAAAUCAGAGCCUUAUGAUGACGACGACGAUGUCAAAGUGGUCGCGCCAAACAACGAAGUCAAGCUUGACUGUCAAUUCUGCGGAUCCUCUUUCGAGACAGUGUCAGAUCUCCAAACCCACACUCUUCGAGACCAUAUUCCUAUACCCGUACCUUCGCUCGAAUGUCAGCACUGCUGCGCCGUACUGCCAUCGUUCGCCGCCUUCGUCUUGCAUAUGAGAGGACACCUGAGCGAUCGUGAUGAGAACAGAUGUCCUCGCUGUCCGCUAUCCUUCACCGAUGGACAGGCCCGCCUGGUCCACAUGGUCUCCCAUUUUGAAGUUCGCAAACCCCUACGCACCUGUUCGGAAUGCCGUCUACCCUUUGGCGACAGCCUGUCCUUAGGACAACAUUUCAUGGAACAACAUCUCAAACUACAGCAUCUCUGCACAGUUUGCGGUCAAAAUUGUGACACUCAGAAGGAUUUCAUGGAGCACAUUAUGAGUCAUUCAAAGGAGGCAACGUCACUAGAGUGUGGGUCGUGCCGAGUCCCAUUUGAAAGUAGAGAGCUACUAGCAAUGCACGUGCAACUCGUCCAUGACAGGCAUCAACCAUUCGAUAGAUCCGAAUCUGUUCCUAUGAUGCUGCGAAAUGGAGCCAUGCCCACAGCAUACACCCUGAAAGAGAUCCGAAUUCUUCACUGCUCGGUAUGCGACGAGAAAUGCUAUGGUGAAGAUGCGCUGGAUGAGCAUCGCUUAUUCAGCCAUUGCAAGGUUCCCCGUUCGGAUAAUUGCGCAGCUUGUCAGGCCCCACUAAGAACCGCUGAAGACUUCGAAAAGCACACUAGGAUGCACACAGCUGACUUACAUAUGCACUGUGCUGUUUGCCGGCAAUCCAUUCGAAGCGAGACGCAAUUGGCACUUCAUUGUCAAUUCCACAUGGAUCGAAAGAGCGAUGCUGAGGAUGUAGAGCAGACUUGCAGAAUAUGUGGGAAAGUUCUUGUCAACUUGUACCAGCUCAAUGUUCACCUAAUGGAACACGACGAACGCCGCUGUUGCCCUCAUUGUCUCCGACCGUUUGCUCUUGCGCAGCAUCUGCUUUCGCAUGUCUCCGAGGAGCAUGCUGAGGAUAAGCCUCUGCACUCAUGCGAUGUCUGCAAUGAGAGCUUUCGAUUUGUUGUGCAGUUGGAAAAUCACGCCUUGAUUCAUGCUGCUGAUACAAAAACAGGCUCCAGCUCAGGAACGCAAUCUCCCACUGAGCUUUUCUCGUGUCAGCAGUGUGCUAUGGCGUUCACCUCCGCCUCUGCCCUGCUUUCCCAUACCAGGACCCACAACGAUUCGCUACGACGAUGUCCGCUCUGUGGCCUCUCCUUCAACACAGCCAGCCGUUUCGAGAACCAUGUAAGGAAGCACGCGACCACGACCAACUGCAUCUGUCAGAUCUGCGGUGACGGCUUUGCGAGCCGAGACGUGCUCGAUCUCCAUAUGCAGGUGCACAAGGGAAAUCUUGAACUCGGUGCACAGAACCUGCUUUCCUAA